CGUCGGGAGGGCGGGAAGGAGGGAGGUAGCAUGGCCGCCCUGGCCCAGCUUCAGGCGAGGCUAUCGGGGCUGCGGGAGGAGUAUUUCCGUAGGAACAGAUGUCUAGAUGAAGACAGAAAAAUAGAGUACAAAGCUGCUGUCAAAAUCCAGAGCUGGUUUCGAGGAUGCAGAGUCCGAGCCUAUCUGAGAUAUCUGAACAAAAUGGUGAUUUUUAUACAGAAGUGGUGGAGAGGUUAUCGAAGCAGAAGAUACUUCAGAAAAAUGGUGGAGACAGCAUAUUUUAUUAUGAAGAUGAAUUUCUACAAUGAAAUGGCUGUCAGGAUUCAGAAAAGAUGGCGAGGCUAUUAUGUUCGGAAAUAUAUCCAUAAUUAUUAUGCACUGAAGAAAUACCUGGAAGCCAUUUCUGUGAAUAACGAGAUUGUCAGGAAUGAACUCCAAGAGUACACAGAGAUGAAGGAAAAUGAAGAGAAAAGGAAGGACCUAGAAAAGAAAGAAAAGGAAAAGAAAUACCAAGCCCGAAAGAUGCAUUACCUCCUUAGCACUGAGCAGAUUGCAGGCAUAUACAAUUCACCAUUCAGAAAAUCCCCAGAUCCAAUGGAACUGCUGCUACGGAAGUCAAAGCCAUUGAGCCACAGACAGCAGCAAAUGAAGAGUCCCUUCGCCUAUGAGCUCUAUGACUGGCCGACUUGUAAAAGGCCUCCGACUUUCUCCACAGCACAGCCUCUGCCACCUAUUGGCAGACAGAAACCUCAGGGGCCUUUCCGUGAUACUGCUGAAGUAUUGCGGCAGCGCUACAAGCCUUUGGAACCAACCUUGCGAGUGGCAGCAUCAAUCAAUUCACCACUAGAGAAGGCCAGAGAGGAAAUGAAAAGGGAGGAAUGGAGAAACCGUAUACAUGACAAUGAAUUUCUGCCAUUUUCUUCAUAUCAUAAAAAUGAGAAGUAUGACCCAUCAAUUCAUAGGUCAGGCAAAUAUGGCCAAGAAACUUAUGGAGUUAAACACUUCCGAGAAGUGCAGCCUAAGAAGUGGGUAGCAGACAAGGACUUUCAAACAGUGUUACCAUCGAUUGUUCUCUUCGAAAAGUUUGGAAAAACUUAUUCCAGAACUGGGCAAAUAGUGUAAUUGUCCCAUAAACUACACAAUAUGACACCUGAUAAGUAAUCAAUAAAUGGAUUUCAGCAAAUGCACAGCAGUAUGUUGACUGAAUGUCCCAUAAAGUACUAUUUCUGUAAAGUGAUGUAUACUAUGUCUGAAGUAGUGUUAAUUGAUUUUGCUUGAUCUUUAAGCAAUACA